CAGCCCAUGUCAUAGAGAGGCAAAGUGACAAGAGUGAUACUGAAUUCCUGGUCCUACUAGUGGUAUAUUGCCGCUUAAAUUGUUUGACGGACUCACAUCUGACCACUUGCUGCUGAGAAAUCUUCUCCUUACGGGAAAAAAGAUUUACAAUUACGCACCAGAAAAAUGUGAGCUUUGGAAUUGAGCUCUGGGUGUUGGAGAAUGGACUUUGGAAAAGUUGCUUCGCGCGCAGCAAUGCGCCAGAAUGUCCUUUACCUGUCUUACUUGCGAGAAACAGCGAGUGGAAACGUGAGUAUGUCCUCUCUAGGGUCUGAAUUGUUUUUGUGGAGGGGACGUUAAACACAGAAAAUAUGCGGAGGUUGUAAAAUGCAGUCGAAAAGAAUGCACCGUAGUUGUGUGACUCCCAGGUUACUUCAGCUAAUUGCAGUUUCCCUACUGUGUAGUCGGUCUUCUGCUCAGGUGUACAACCUCAGUCUAUCAAUCGAAGAGGGGCUCCCAGCAGGAACAGUUGUUGGAGGCAUAAGGGAUGGUUUGCCUGAGGACAUUUCGAGCAGUGGGUUUUUUAUAUCGGAGAGCAGAGACUCCUAUGUGUUCAAAGACCUGGAAAUUGAUGGAGAUACUGGGAUAAUAACCACAGCCCUGGUUCUGGACAGGGAGAGUACAGAUGAGUAUGAUUUUGUGGCAGCCACCUUAACCGGGGAGGUGAUUAAGGUAAAUAUUGUGGUGAGGGAUGUGAACGACCACUCUCCGGUAUUUACCAGGGAAUUUGUACAGUUGAAUAUAUCUGAACAAUCCCCCCUUGGCACCAAGUUUGAGCUAGAAGGUGCCCACGACCAGGAUGAAGGUGAAUAUGGAAUUCAGGGUUAUCGCAUACCUGAAGGCACAGUCGGGGAAUUGUUCAAGGUGGAAUACCGCAGUGGAGGAGAAAGUUUAUUCAACCUGGACCUGGUCCUUUCGGAUCGCUUGGACAGAGAGCUGAGGGAUCUGUACACAUUUACCAUCGAAGCUUUUGAUGGGGGCAUUCCACAGAGGACAGGGACGCUGCAGGUCCAGGUCCAUGUCCUGGAUGAAAACGACAAUGCCCCUGUAUUUAGUCAAAGAGAAUAUCACGCGUCCAUAUGGGAAAACGCCCCCGUCUCUAGUACGGUGUGUCAGGUUAGUGCCGCGGACCUCGACCUUGGAGAAAAUGGACACGUUACCUACGAGAUAAACCGGCGCCAAAGUGACCCGAAUGAGCUCUUCUCUAUUGACCAUACCACCGGAAUAAUCAGCGUCAACAAACCCCUGGACUACGAGGUACAGCCAUUCCACGAGCUGAUAAUCAGAGCGGGAGAUAAUGGAGCACAGCCUGAAUACAGCAGCGCUCUGGUGGUGGUGAGGGUCCGGGACUUCAACGACAACAGCCCCACCAUCAACAUAAUGUUCCUCAGCGAGUCCGGAGAGGCAGAGGUCUCCGAAGGAGCCGCAGUCGGAGAGUAUGUGGCCAGGAUAUCUGUGUCAGACCCUGACCUGGGAGAGGCUGACGUGGUCAGGGUCUCCCUGGAAGGUGGGGAUGGAAAAUUUGCUUUGAAACCCUCAGACGGUUUCCUGUACUCGCUCUGUGUGGAGGGCGAGCUGGACCGGGAGGAGGUGGACCUCUAUGCCUUGAGAAUCGUGGCCUCCGACUUCGGCGUUCCGCCUCUGCAGAGCGAGCGGACUUUUGUGAUCAGGGUGAGAGACUUGAACGACUGCCCACCUGUUUUUGAAAAGGACAAGUACGUAUUGAAUGUCUCAGAAGACACCUUUCAGGGGAGUGCAAUUCUGCAGGUCCUGGCCAAGGACCAGGAUGAGGGCCUCAACUCUGUUGUGCAGUAUUCAAUAAUGAACUCUGAGCAGGACUACCUGAUUGACAUUGACCCCGAUUCUGGGCUCAUAACCACAGCGGUGGGUCUAGAUCACGAGAGAGAGGCCGAAAUACGAUUUUCUGUGGUAGCUGUCGACAGAGGAGCCCCACCCCUGUCUGCAACAACCUCUGUCAUAGUUCAUGUUGAGGACAUCAACGACAACCAGCCUGUUUUCGAGAAACAGCGUUACAACGCGUCACUUCCGGAGCACACGCCCAUAGGGACCUGCUUCCUUCAGGUCACUGCGACAGAUGCUGACAGUGGUGAGCUUGGCAGAGUGACUUAUUCUCUCUACCGUGGGCUCGACAGCUUCGACAAACACCCUGUCUUCCUGAUUCACCCCGACUCUGGUGAGAUCUGCGUGUCUGAAGACAUUGACAGAGAGGCUGGUCUGGUGAACUAUGACAUCUUGGUUAAAGCUGAAGACCAGGGAGGCCUGAGUACCCAAACCUACGUCCAUAUAGAAGUAGAGGACCUCAAUGACAACCGGCCCGUCUUCAGCCCGGAGAGCUACGUCACAAGCGUCAGCAGCCACGCCCAGCCCGGCACGGAGCUUGUGAACGUAAUCGCCGCUGACAGAGACUCUGGGACGCACGGGCAGGUGUCCUAUGAGCUCCUCUCCGGGGAUUUAUCCUCGCUUUUCUCCAUGGAUAAAUCUACAGGUGUAUUGUACCUGGCCUCUACUCUAACCCACCUGGGCACCGCCAGCGUAAAACUCUCCAUAUCUGCCCGGGACGGGGUGGGCUUGAGCUCCGCCCGCCCCGCCACGGUUACCGUCGACAUCCUGAGCAGCGCGCUGGCGCCCGCCGUCUUCCGGCGUUCCCGCUACACCUUCUCCGUGCCCGAGGACUCGCCUGUGGGCACUCCUGUGGGCACAGUGCAGGCCGACAGUCCUGAGAAUUCCCUGGAGACCCUGUCUUACAGGAUUUCCUCGGGGGACCCGCAGGGCCUGUUCCACGUGCACCCCACGUCGGGCCUCAUCAGCACCAGUAAGGCGCUGGAUCACGAGUCCCAGCCACGCGUUCUGCUCACGCUCCAGUCCCAGACGGACAGCUCUCCGGUCCAGAGCAGCACUCAGGUCAACGUGACCAUCACCGAUGUCAACGACAACCCGCCGCUCUUCCCCAGGGAUGAGGACGCCAUCACGGUCUCCCAAAGCACCGCCCCCGGGACCGCGCUCUUCAUCGCCCACGCCCGCGACCGCGACAGCGGCGCCAACGGGAGGGUCCGCUACUCCCUGCGAACGGAAGGUUCCGGAACCGAGGCCGGCCCCUUCGCCGUCGACCCGCGCCUGGGCACGGUGUGGCUGAACCGGAGCCUGCCCCAGGACGGGGGGCCCGGGUACACCCUUCGGAUCCUGGCGGAGGACGGAGGGGCUCCGUCGCUAACGGCGACCGCGACGCUCGCCGUUACCGUGGACCGCUCGGCGAGCGAGGACGCCCUGGCCUUCGAGACGCUGGCGUACCAGGUGGAGAUCGGCGAGGGCGCCCCGCAGGACUCCCGGGUGAUCCAGGUACGGGCGCACGGGCGGAGGUCCCGGCCCUACCCCGGCCUGUCCUACUCCCUCCAGCCCCUCUCUGGGACCCCUCCCUUCGGGGUACACCCCGAAAGCGGCUGGCUCUUCCUCUCUCGGAGCCUGGACCACGAGACCACCCCCCUGUACCGCUUCGGAGUGCUGGCCACCGCCCGGGAGGGCGCCUACGUCCUCAGCGCCACGACAACCGUCACCGUCAUCGUCCUGGACGAGAACGACAACGCACCCGUCUUCACUCGCGACGCCUACUUUUUUACCGUCCAGGAGGGCCCCGCCCCCCGGGGCCUGAUUGGCACAGUCAAAGCGACGGACAGGGACUCCGAGAAGAACUCGCAGCUGUCAUACAUCCUGCUGUCUGAUGGGAAGCACUUCCGUAUUAAUUCCAAUACAGGGGAGAUCAGUAAUUGGGUAGCUCUCGACCGUGAGGCGCACACUCAUCACACCCUGAAGGUUCUGGUGACGGACCACGGUUUUCCUCGCCUCAACGCCACCGCUGCCGUUCACAUCCUCGUCACCGAUGUCAACGACAACCCGCCCCAGUUCCUGCACGUGCCAGCGAGCAAGGAGAUCAACGUGCAGAUUUGGGCUGGACUGCCUGCUGGCUCUGUGGUAACCACUAUGUUUGCCAAAGACCUUGAUGCAGGAGAAAAUGGAACAGUCAUGUUCUCACUGACAUCAGAUGACUUCGGUCUUUUUGAGAUUGACAGUAAGAGUGGGGAGAUCAGGACCACAGGGGAUAUCUCACAGCCCAGAACACAGUACACUCUGACUGUCAUCGCCAGGGACAACGGACCUGCACCACUGGAGGACGUCGCUGUGGUGCACCUGCAGGUUCACCCCUCUGAGGGUGCGGGUGGAGGCGCUGUCUCGCUGGCCCACCUGCGGCUCUCGGUGAGGGAGGACUGCCAGCCCGGGACCGUGGUCGGGUCCGUAGGGUCGCCCGAGAGGCCCCGCGGGACCCUGUACUCCAUCGCCGAAGGGGACGGCAGCCUCCACUUUGGGAUCGACCGCUCCUCCGGCGACCUGUACGUCAGCCGCGAGCUGGACCACGAGGCCACGCCGCGCUACCUGCUCAAGGUCCAGGCGGAGGACGGCGGUCCGCCGUCGGCCCGCGGCAGCCCCGCGCCGGUCUUCGUGAGCGUCGCCGUGGAGGACGUCAACGACCACACGCCCUGGUUCGCCGACGAUGUCAUCGUGUUCGGGCUGGAAGAGAACCCGCCACAGGGGGCGCCGGUGUACACCUUCAAUGCCAAGGACGGGGACGGGAGCUGGAGGAACAGCGACCUGCGUUACGCUAUCGUCGGGGGCGACGGGGCGGAACUGCCGUUCCGCAUCGACCCGCUGACGGGGACCCUGACCGUUUCCGGUCCGGUGGACCGGGAAAGGACCCCGAGCGUCGUCUUCACGGUGACCGCCACCGACCAGGCCCUGCUGGCUUCUGACCGCAGGUCUGGAACGCUGACCGCUCACGUGUUCCUCCUGGACGCGAACGACAACGCCCCUGCCUUCGCCUCCUCGGGCGCGGCCUGCGUCCUCGAGGACGCCGAACCCGGCAGCCUGGUGCACCGCCUUGUUGCCAAGGACGACGACCUGGGAGAAAACGCCCUGGUGACCUACGCCAUCCUGUCAGGGAACGAGGAGGGCCUGUUCACUCUGGAGGAGAGCACAGGCCUGCUGCAUCUAGCUGCCCCGCUGGACUAUGAGUCGUCCACCUCUCACGUGAUGGUGGUCCAGGCCACGGACCACGGCCUCCCCAGGCUUUCCUCCACGCAGACCCUCACCGUCUCUGUGCUGGACGUAAAUGACCAGGCUCCCGUGUUCGAGCGCACCGUCUACAACGCCACAGUGAUGGAGAACAGGGAUCCUGGAGAACCGGUGAUCCAGGUCACAGCAUCAGACAGGGAUUCAGAGGAGAACGCUGCGGUGCGUUACAGCCUCCUUCCGGGCCCCGGGUUCGAGCUCUUCUCCAUAGACUCUCACACCGGGGAGAUCAGCACAACCUCUCAACUGGACCGUGAGAGGCACCAGAUGUUCGCUCUCAGAGUUCUGGCCCAGGACAGCGGGAUCCAGCCUCUCUCCAGCACCGCCACCGUCCUGUGCUCCAUACUCGACGAAAACGACAAUGCCCCCGAGUUCAUGCAGCCCUCCUUCCUGAUCCGGAUCCCAGAGAACCUUCCCCCAGGACACCUCCACACGGCCCAGGCUGCCGACCCAGACGCAGGAGCCAACGGGACCGUCCUGUACAGCAUACAGGGGGAGGACAUUGAGGAUUUUUUCACCAUAAACGCCACAAGCGGAGCGAUCUCCACGCUGAAGAGCCUGGACAGGGAGAAGCGGAGCAACUACACCCUUAUCAUCAAGGCUGAAGACCAGGGUCCAGCCCCCAGGAGCUCCACGGCCCCGCUGCAUGUGCUGGUACUGGACGAGAACGACCACAGCCCCACCUUCAGCCAGAAGAGCUACCAGGCGUCCAUCAGGGAGGGCCUGCCGGCGGGGUCGGAGGUCAUUCGUCUGACCGCCACCGAUGGGGACGAGGGCCCCAACGGCGAGGUCACCUUCUCCCUGACGGAGGAGACCCUGGGCGCGUUCGCGGUCGACGGCUCCUCGGGGGUGGUGCGUACGACCAGGCCGCUAGACCAUGAGACGCGGUCGCGGUACACCUUCUGGGCCUCGGCCACUGACGGCGGAACCCGGGGUCCGCGCAGCUCGGUCGCCAGCGUGACCGUGACCGUGGAGGACGUCAACGACAACGCCCCGGUCUGCGGCCGCAGUCCCCUCAGCGCCCAGGUCGCUGCGGAGACGGCCCCCAACCAGACCGUCGCCACGGUGAGGGCCCUGGACGGUGACCUGGGCGAGAAUGGCACGGUGGUGUUCGCCCUGAGCGAACCGGACGCGGUCUUCGAGGUGGGCGAGGAGACGGGGGAGGUCCGGCUGAAGACGGCUCUUCCUUCUGGUUUCUUCGGCGUGAGGCUCCUGCGUGUGGUGGUCUCAGAUCGGGGGACCCCAGCACUCUCCUCCACCUGCCUGGUGCUCAUACACCUACAGGGGGAGGAAGAGGGGCUGAAGUUCACCGAGGAUGUCUAUGAAGUGGCUAUACCUGAGAACAGCCAAACCGGUUCCUGGGUAGCGAACGUUGUCGCCGCGGACCAAAACCCGGACGGGCGCAGUGUCGAGUACAGCAUUUUCAGCGGAAACGAAGACGGCGCGUUCGCCAUCGACGCGCACGACGGUGACAUUUUGGUGAAGGACCAGAGCCGCCUGGACUUUGAGGAGAGGACGAGAGUCCACCUGGUGGUUCUGGCGGACGACGGGCGGCAGACGGCCCACUGCCGGGUCGCCAUCGCCCUGCUGGACGUCAACGACAACCCGCCCACGUUCGAGCAGCGCUACUACAAAAGUGCCGUGUGGGAGGGACAGAUACCCAACACCUACGUGAUGCAGGUGUUUGCGUUGGACGCCGACAGCGGUCUGCAUGGACAGGUGGAGUACUCCAUCCUGUCUGGGAACCAAAAUAACGCCUUCAUCAUCGACUCCACGCGGGGCAUCCUGGCCACCAACGCCGUCCUUGAUCGAGAGGUUGUGCCUUCUUACAAGCUGGUCCUGCAGGCCGUGGACAAAGGCAGCCCCCCCCUCACGGGCACCGCCACCACCAGGAUCCAGGUGGUGGACGUCAAUGACAACAGCCCGUCUAUACCCCCCAUGGAGCCGGUAGCCAUAGCAGAGAAUCUGCCUGCAGGUUACAUUGUGACCCAAGUGGCGGCCAACGACGUGGACUUGAGCUCUGUACUGACAUACGGCUUCGCAGAGCAGGGAAGUGGGGGCGGGCGGUUCGCCAUUGACCCAUUCACAGGGGUCAUCACGCUUACCCAAAGUCUGGACCGCGAGGAGAGCUCCAACUACACCCUGAGGGUCCAGGCCUCGGACUCUCUCCACCAGACCGAAGCGGAGGUUACCGUCAAAGUCCUGGACGUCAACGACAAUCCGCCUCUCUUUUCCAAGGAAGCCUACCAGGUUGUGUUGUCAGAGCUGUCUUCUGUGGACACGUUUGUGCUAGCGCUGUCUGCCACUGACAGAGACUCUGGACUCAAUGGCAGAGUUUCCUACAGGCUCCUUACGUCUCCUCUGAAGGGAUUCUACAUACAUGCAGAGAAUGGGUCCCUGUUCACCAACAAGCCACUGACACACCUUACCAACGGGAAUGCGAUUCAGCUCAUGGUGGAGGCCCGAGAUGGCGGUGACCCCCCGCUCAGCACUGUGACGUCUGUGGACGUUUCUGUGCAGGACACCAAUGACCACGCCCCUCGCUUCCAGCGGGCCUCCUACCAGGUGACUGUCUCCGAGGACACACCCGUGGGGAGCACCCUACUGCUCCUGCAGGCUGAUGACCAGGACUGGGCCCCUGACAGCUCUCGCGUGGACUACGCCAUCACUGGGGGCAACCAGGAGAGGCGGUUCUGCUUGGAGGUGGGUGUGGUCCAGACCGAGACGCGGCAGAUGACCGUGGCCAGGCUGGUCCUGUGCAGCACACUGGACCGUGAGACAGCUGAGAGCCAUGCACUGACCGUUACCGCCACCGACAGGGGAAGCCCACCACUGAACGGUUCUGCCGCAGUCACCGUGACCGUGCUGGAUGUCAAUGACAACGCGCCCGAAUUUGGAAGUUCCGAGUACCACACACAGGUAAACGAGUGCAGCCCGCCCGGAACCAGCCUGGUGCGGCUGUCUGCACAUGACCCUGAUGAGGGUCCAAACGCGCAAGUCAGGUAUGACAUCAUCUCCGGAAACAGCAGGGGCCUCUUCAGACUGGAUCCCCUGACGGGGAUCGUAGAGGUUAACCAGAGCCUGGACUAUGAGGAGGAUGUCAGAUUCACGCUGACCGUCAGGGCCUCUGAUGGAAAUGGAGAUGGGUCAGGGGGCGGGAAUGUGGCCUUCGCAGUGCUCUACAUGUCCGUGCUGGAUGAGAAUGACAACUCACCCUACUUCCCCUUCCCCAUAGUCAACUGUUCGGUGUUGGAGAAUCAGCCUACCUUCUCCCUAGUCUGUACAGUCCAUGCCAUUGACCGCGACGCCGGACCCUACGGCCGGCUGACCUACUCCAUCCUCGGCCCCUGCUUCUUGGACUAUGGCAGUGGGAGCCCAGACAGGAAGGACGCCUUUGCCAUCGACCCGCUGACUGGAGACAUCCACACCCGCCAGACUUUCGACUACGAGCAGGAACAUGAGUACUGCUUCCUGGUGGAGGCUCGCGACAAAGGUGACCAGACGGCAACCGCGAGGGUCCAAAUACUCAUCGAGGGGGUGGACGAGUUCAGUCCUGUCUUCACCCGACAGCAGUACCUCUUCCACCUGCCAGAAUUUGCCAAGGCCGGGCAGAGCAUCGGCCAGGUAUCAGCCACCGACCAUGACACAGGACAGGACGGCCUUCUAGAGUACACUCUGGCCAGGUCCUACCCCUUUUUCUCCAUCAACAGAACCAGCGGCAUCGUCUACUUGUCCGCCCCCGUGUACAGGAGACAGGGAAGUGUUGCAGGAGAGGAGCUGGUGGAUUUUUUAGUGAUAGCGAGCAGCCCAAAGAUGGACUCCAGGUCGGCUUCAUGCCUGGUCAUCGUCAACAUUUCCAGCUCUGCCGAGGUUCCGCUAGCAAUGUCCCUCCAUGCACAGACCAUCAGCCUCAGUGCAUCUCUGGCCGUCCUCCUCCUCCUCCUCAUUGCCUUCAUUGUCCUUGUCCUGAGGUUCAAGCGAAGAGAGACCACCACGAAACAAGGCCCUCCUCCCGAGACCUCCAGCCUGACCCACAGACAGGAUGCCUUUGAUAAGGAGGUCAUCAACCACGACGCAAUCAAUGGCAUCAGCCUCCAGGACCUGAGUGGUCUGGUGGACAUUCGGGUGAAAAGGGAGCUGGUCAACCCCUACCGUCACUCGGACUCGAGUGGGCGGGGCUCGGCUGAGGGGGAGACGGCCGAAGAUGAGGAGAUCCAAAUGAUCAACGAGCACCUGUUGCAAAAGAGUGCUGGCUACACACCCAGCUUGGGUCCGUCCCGGGUCCCUGAUUUCAGAGUGCCCCGGGAUUCAGUCCCAGCAUCCUGCGUGGCAGAGGAGGAGGACGCGACUGAGCCAGUUUCUAUGGUUGCUGUGGGGACGGAGAGUUCAGAGAGCCUUCACAAUUUCCUGGAAGAAGGCGGGGGCGAGGAGAUGUUAUCACGGCCACUGGAUCUGAGAGACAGAGACAGGGCCAGGGUGGUUGGGUAUGCCUCUGAGGGUGAAGCCCAAGUAGGCGUUGCUGUGGGCGGAUCUCUGACCUCACUGGUGUGUACAGAGGAUGAGCUACAGGGCAACUACAGUUGGGACUACCUCCUCGGCUGGGAGCCCCGCUUCCAGCCUUUAGCUUCUGUCUUCUCAGACAUUGGCCUGCUGUCUGAUGAGGAGGUGGAGGAGGAGCAGGAGCAGGGCAGAGGUGGGGCCGUAGAGAUACGUAGGCAACUCCGACCCCCACCCCUCAUCACAUCCAUGGCCCGACCGGGCAUCCGGUCCGUGCCCCCAAGGAUGCCCCCUUCACGGGUGGCACCGACAAUGACCCGCAUGCCAUCCUUUCCCAAAUACUCUUACUCCCCCCUAGCCAGGAACACAGGCCUCACCCCCUCCACCAUGACCCCCAGCUUCUCCCCCGCCCUGUCCCUGCUCAACAUGAGAACACCCAGUGCUUCACCUGUGGUGUCAGAGACUGGACUUAGUACCACUCCCACCAGGCCUUGUCCACACCCCUCCUGUAUCAGAGAUGGGGAAAUACAGGUAUAGGCUGUUUAUACUCCAAACACUUUUAGUCUUAGCAACAGUUAUGUCAGAGCAAUGCAUUUUUUUAAUAUCUUAACAAAUAUUUUCUUGGCAAUAAAUAAUGAUACAAAGGACCAUUGUUUCUGCUUGUAUGUCUAUCCUAAUAUAUGAUAUUCUCACAUAUCAUAUAUUUAAUUUGAUUAAUUUAAUGACUGCCCUAUGAACAUGAAUCAGAAUUUUAAUUUACUGUGGCCAUUUUAUGUUAUUUUGCAUAAGGGUGCUUCCACGAGAAAGUGGAACUUGAAAUUCUCAUGAUGCCUUGUGUCAACAUCAUGUCGAUGAUGACCUUUAUUAUAAAGACAUCCAUGGCGCACUUAAACUUGAAAUAAAACUUUAUUCAGACCUGAGUCUGGCUUUGUGUACAUAAUGUGAUCUCCCAUUCAGCCAACUAUUUAAAAAGAAUCCAAUAUUUUGAACGAAGCCACAUUAAUAUUCAGCUUCAAACAUCACUGAGUCAACAUAAAUUUGAGUUAUUUUUAAGUGGUCAAAGAAAGAAACUGGAAGUAUUUAUCAUUGGCAUAUUUGAGUAAUUGUUUGCUUUUCAUUUCACAUAUUUCAGGAUCAUUCUGUAAGGAAAAUUGUAAUGAAAAAAACAACCCUCACUGUGCUCCACUAGCUUUUUGUUAUUGCAGAUUAAAAUAGGACCCUUUUUGGUUGUGAAACCCAGUUGUUUUUAGUCUCCACAGCUGCAUGUACUUAAAAAACAGAGGAGCAGAGAAAAUUAUUUCUACAACCCCAAAUACCAGAUAUGGACAUAUUUAAAAAUGUAUGUAUCAGUUGUCGACCAAAAGUAUUGAAUAUUAUGUUAUUAGUCAAAUUCCACUGAAAAGGAAGAUUGGAAUUAUUUACUGUGUGGAAGUCAUUUUAUACAGUGCCCUCCAGAAUUUUGGCACCCAUGAUAAAUAAAAAAGGCUGGCCAUCUCAGUCACAAGAUUUAAAUCUUAUUGAAAAUGUGUACUUUGAAUUGAAAGAGGCCGUCUACAAAUGUAUACCCAAGGAUCUGAAGGACCUUGAAAGAUUUUAUGGAAGAUUGGUCAAGGAUCCCCUCCAAAAUGUGUUAUCAUUGCAAAGGGAAGGUACGCAAAUAAUGGCGACACCUACUUUUUAGGGAAAUGCAUUUUAGUCCUGUUUCUGUUUUGUCAACUCUAUUACACCUUAGAUGGCAUGUGUAUAUUUUUAUAAAUGAUUUAACACUGUCCUAUCCAGUUUGCAAAAACCAACACUACGGCAGGUGUUUGAAUGAAUGCAAUUUUGAUUAUUUUGUUAAAAAAAAAAGAAAAAAUUAAAUAAAUAAUUGUAUAUAGGUAUUUUUAAAUUCCAUUUUAAACUGUGCAGUAUAAAAAUAUUUCAUAAGAAGUUAGAUGUAUUUACAUAAAUAUUUUAUAUGGUGCUUGUAGUAUUUAUACAACAAGCAUGCAACUCAUUUGUUUCAAAUUGGUAUCUAUUAAAAAGAAAAUCUCAAAUAUUUGUUCUUUGAUGAAACCGUUUUCACUGAUUGAGAUGCUAACAUUCUUAACAAAUGUGUCAAUAAACACUUUGCUGAAGUAUUUGUAUUUAUCAUUCGUGGUAUUAUUAUUUGAUUUGAUGCUGCGUUCUCUUAUGUUUUGGCAAAUUACUAGAUUGAAAACAGAGUAAAUACAAGACAAGUUUUGCCAUGGAAAAAUUGAUUGGACCUAGUUACAUAGUUACAAAAACUCUUCUUUUUCAUUAGGGCAUAUGGUCUUUGCAUAAACAAGAAAGGAAGUACUGUAACCGAAAAGUUUAUCCUGAAA